GCUGCGCAUCUGGAUGUUUUAAACAUACAAAGGAAUUGCUAGAGCAAGCAAAAGAGAAAACGGUGCAGAGAGCUAAGAUGUGCAGAUAAGCAACUGGUGUACCGUGCAGCUAAAGUAACCGGUCGGGAAAACCUCUCUCCAAGGAGAAUAGCGCAAGUUUAGGCAGAAUGAAGACCCACAUUGUCUUUGGCUUCAUUUUUAAAGUACUAUUAAUCCACGUCUAUCUUUUUAGCAAAACUUUAGCUGCACCGUCACCAAUCAUUAAGUUUCCUGGAGACAGCACUCCAAAAACAGACAAAGAACUAGCAGUGCAAUACCUGAACAAAUACUAUGGGUGCCCAAAAGACAAUUGCAAUUUAUUUGUACUGAAAGAUACUUUGAAGAAAAUGCAGAAAUUUUUUGGGCUGCCUGAAACUGGAGAUUUGGAUCAAAAUACUAUUGAGACGAUGAAGAAACCGCGCUGUGGUAAUCCAGAUGUGGCCAAUUACAACUUCUUUCCAAGAAAACCAAAAUGGGAAAAAAAUCAUAUAACGUACAGGAUUAUAGGUUAUACACCAGAUUUGGAUCCCGAGACAGUAGAUGAUGCCUUUGCCCGAGCCUUUCAAGUCUGGAGUGAUGUCACACCGCUGAGAUUUAACCGAAUAAAUGAUGGAGAAGCAGACAUUAUGAUUAAUUUUGGCAGAUGGGAACAUGGUGAUGGCUAUCCAUUUGAUGGCAAAGACGGUCUCCUGGCUCACGCUUUUGCGCCAGGGCCAGGAAUUGGAGGAGACUCCCAUUUUGAUGAUGAUGAACUGUGGACUCUUGGAGAGGGGCAAGUGGUUAGAGUGAAGUAUGGAAACGCAGAUGGUGAAUACUGCAAAUUCCCCUUCUGGUUCAAUGGUAAGGAAUACAACAGCUGCACAGAUGCAGGCCGCAGUGAUGGGUUCCUCUGGUGUUCAACAACCAAAGACUUUGAUGCAGAUGGCAAAUACGGCUUUUGUCCCCACGAGUCCCUUUUCACAAUGGGCGGUAACGGCGACGGACAGCCCUGCAAAUUCCCCUUCAAAUUUCAAGGCAAGUCCUACGAGCAGUGUACGACAGAAGGCCGGACAGACGGGUACCGAUGGUGUGGCACUACCGAAGACUACGACAGAGAUAAGAAAUACGGAUUCUGUCCCGAGACUGCGAUGUCAACAGUUGGUGGAAACUCGGAGGGAGCACCUUGCGUAUUCCCUUUCGUUUUCCUUGGAAACAAAUACGAGUCCUGCACAAGCGCCGGUCGCAACGACGGCAAGAUGUGGUGUGCUUCCACCAGCAGCUAUGACGAUGACCGCAAGUGGGGCUUUUGUCCUGAUCAAGGAUACAGCCUCUUCCUGGUUGCCGCUCAUGAAUUUGGCCACGCCAUGGGGUUAGAGCACUCCGAGGACCCAGGAGCUCUCAUGGCCCCAAUCUACACCUACACCAAGAACUUCCGACUUUCUCAGGACGACAUUAAAGGGAUCCAGGAGCUAUAUGAAGUAUCGACUGACGUUGAACCAGGGCCAGGGCCAGGACCGGGGCCAGGCCCUCGUCCAACCCUUGGACCUGUCACUCCAGAGCUCUGCAAGCAUGACAUUGUUUUUGAUGGAGUUGCACAGAUCAGAGGAGAAAUAUUUUUCUUCAAAGAUAGAUUCAUGUGGAGGACUGUGAACCCCCGAGGUAAACCCACAGGUCCGCUGCUGGUGGCUACGUUCUGGCCUGACCUGCCUGAAAAAAUUGAUGCUGUCUACGAGGCCCCUCAGGACGAGAAGGCUGUGUUUUUUUCAGGAAACGAGUACUGGGUUUAUUCAGCCAGUAACUUGGACCGGGGCUUCCCAAAGAAGCUCACCAGCCUGGGACUCCCCCCUGACGUGCAGCGCGUUGACGCAGCCUUUAACUGGGGCAGAAACAAGAGGACGUAUAUUUUUGCUGGAGACAGAUACUGGAAGUACAACGAAGAAAAGAAGAAAAUGGAGCUGGCAUCCCCUAAAUUCAUUGCUGAUUCUUGGAAUGGAGUUCCAGAUAAUCUCGAUGCUGUCCUGGGUCUCAGUGACAGUGGAUACACCUACUUUUUCAAAGAUCAGUACUAUCUACAAAUGGAAGACAAGAGUUUGAAGAUUGUUAAAAUUGGCAAGAUAAAUUCUGACUGGUUGGGUUGCUGAACUGUAUGAGCUAUUAAUAACCAAAUAUUUACUUUUUUGUUAUAUGCCUUAUCUGUAAUUAGAAAUAGAUCUGAAUGCUAAUUACUGGACCAGUCUGGUACUGGCACCAAAACAUUAAGUACCAGUACUGUACACAUCAGAUAAUUUAAGUGUGUCUGCCUCCUCAGUAUAGAAGAGAUGUUUACGUAUGUAUUCUGGUACAGUUUUUCAGUUUUUGUGCUAGUCCUAGUAACGCUCGUAACAGAACACGCAUCGUUCUUUACUCCCCCGACGCUUAAACACACGGAAACCUUUGGAGACUGGAUCUGGCCCCUGCGUUAUACGCAUCCAAAGAGGCUCAAAUGAGAUGUACCAGCAGUGCACUUUGAUUUUUUUUUUUUUUAAAUACAACUCUGUUAUAAAUAGGUGGUUUGUCUUGAUGUUCUUCACCUCCUUGUGAGUUUGACCAUUACUUCCAUUUAUUUACAUAAUAAUACAGAAAGACUGUCAAAGGCACAGGUUGCCUCAGGAUUUGAUUUGUGUUGAUGCAUGAUGGAAUCAUGGCAAGAAACUGUAUUAAAGUAUUGUUUUAAAGUACUUUAUUUUAAUACCUUAGUUAAAUUUAGCAAUUUGCUUCAUGCACUUUGUUACUACUAUAUAACUUGUUUAUAUGGACAGAACGACUCAGAUUUUUGAAGUCAAUGUGUUAUACAUAAAAGUCAAGUAUUAUUGUUUAACUUGUCUUACCUUCCUGUUCUUUAUAAUAUUGGGUUUUUGUUUGGUUAGUUUUUUUGCUUAUGCCUUGGGCAACAGAAAAGUGUUCUUUUCACAAUCUGAUGCAAUGUUUCUCAUUUGAAAAAAAAAAAAAAGCAGAAAAUAAUGUCCCACACAUGAAGUGCCAAUGAUACAAAUAAAAUCAAAUUACACCGUCAA